AUGCCAUUGUGACGUGGUCCAGCCGGUCUCAGCUUAAGCUCGCGCCUUGGUGGGGGUGGCCCACAGCAGUGGCCCCGCAGAGGCGGGAGCGGGGCCAUGGCUGAGGUGGCUGGGUCCACUGGUGAAUCCAAAGGCACUGAAGUUAAAACCCAGCAGGCCGCGGAGAAAACCCUCACGGCCCUGCCGAGGCAGGGCCUGCGCUCCGUGCUCAAAGUGUCCCAGCUGUUGCUCCGAGCCAUCACCGAGCACAAAGGGCUGACUCUGGCUGCCCUCAAGAAGGAGCUUGGAAAUGCUGGCUACGAAAUGCGACGGAAGUGCUGCCGCCACUCGGGCGAUGCACUCUGGUCUGAGGUUAAGGGCACGCUUCUCCGGGUCAGCAGCAGCGAUGCUUCUGGCUACUUCAGGGUUUGGAAGAUUCCGAAGCCGAAGAGAAGGCCAGGACGCCUGAGGCUGGAAGAGGGCGUGCGCUUUUCGAGGAGGACCCUUCCCCGGCCUUGGAGCCCACGGCGGCGCUGCACUCAUCGCAGGGCCGCCAAGAAGGCCAGGGAAGUCUGGAGACGCAGCACGAAGGUAAACACAAGGGGGCGGAAGAUAAGGCCAAGAGCCAAGGACUCGGUGCGUUCCAGAGCCAGGGAGGAAGUGAGGGCCAAGGGGAUGGACGAGGGGAGAGGACGGACCAAGAAGGAAGACAUCAGGCCUAGGACCCGAGAGAAGAGGCCAGGCCCGAAGCCCAGGGAAGAGAAGCAGCAGGACCCGGUGAAGCCGGUAAAACGCACCAUCCAGAAGACAGCUUUGGUUAAAACUGACCGACAUUCUAGCAGUCAGGGGAAGACUCAUGACCUAAGGGCUGCUCGCACAAAGACUUACUAAAUCUGAAAGUCUUUGGAAUGCAGCCAGUUAUUCGUAGUGUGGGAGCAAUUUCCCUUCCUCCAGGCACAGAUGCCCUUCCCCAUAGGCUCUAAUGAGAGCAGCUCUCACACACUGAAGUGGACAAAACUAUAUACAAGACCUUUCCACUACAUCGUGUCCGUUUCCU